CCGCGAUGGCAUUGAAACUGCGCCAUGAAACGCAGGUGCCGUCGUUCUCUGGGUCCCUCGACAUGCUCAAACUCUUCUCUGCCGAAGUCAUGCAGAUGUCGCAAGCGAUUCAAAAGCAGCUGGAAGCGCUCGAGCGAAAGGAGCAAGCGUGGGACGAGUUGCAACGCCGCAUCCAAGGAAACACGGUAGCUGCUGCACACACCAUCACGUUGGACGUUGGUGGCGUUCUUUUCAAGACUUCCAAACAGACGUUGCUGCGAGUUGAAGGUACCUAUUUCCAUGCCAUGCUUGGAGCGGGGUGUUGGCAGCCAAACGGCCCUGGCAACACGUACUUUCUCGACCUGGACCCGACGCACUUCGAUCGCGUCAUGACAUACCUUCGCACUGAUGUGCUGUCGUUUGACGGUUUGUCAGUGUGGGAGUGCCGCCAACUUCGGGCAACGUUGGACUACCUAAAUAUACUCACACCGCGAGACUUGGCUGCAUCGUCGCCGUCCAAGAAACAAGACGUCCCUCAGUGGAACCCCCAUGCGUGCUCACUGUCGCUCGUGCUUCUCAACAAUAACCAAACCGUUCGAAGAUCCACCGGCCCUGCACGAUGCAUGUCAAACUCUGUUCUGGGCAUGGAGUCUGUGGACGUGUUUUCAAUACGCUUGGAUGUGUUUCCUUCAACAGGGAAUGUGCUCGGGAAGGUGUUUGUCGGACUCGCACCAUCCAAGGGAUUUGGCACGUACUCGUACAACCCAACAGGAUGCGGGUACUACAUCGAGCUUCGCCACGGCACGUUGCACGGCCAGGACGGAACGUGGGGAAAACCAUAUGCGAGCGGCUUCGACGCUGGCGAUAUCGUCACCGUGCGACGAUGUGGUGGUCGAAUUCAUUUUGAAAAGAACGACCAAGAACUCGGCGCGGCGUUUGCGCUGGACGAGUCCUCCGAUGCCGCACUGUUCCCCGCUGUGUGCAUGACCUUCUUUCACGCGACGUUGACGUUCGUGCCCGGUCCGGACGUUGGUCAAGCCUAAGUUAUGACGUCACGAUGUUGCCAUGUGCAGUAAAGGACGUGCAUUUUUCCAAUAUGUUGAUGGCCCUGGCGACAAUUCCCUGAGUGCGUCGCAAGUACUGUCCACGAAACUCGUUCGGCACAUCCAUCCUGGCACGUGUAAACACUUCAUAAAUCAUCUCGUCAUUCCGGUGGUCCGCGAACUCCACUCGCGAGCCUUGACGAAGCAAGCAAUACUCUUGGCUACAGCAACUCCAGUCCAAGGCGGGCUCUGCACCACGUCGAAGUAGAUGGCACCCUCAAACCAAU